GGACGGAGUGUUGACUUUAUUAGACGUGAUCAUUCACACAAAUCAUUCGGUGAUUGCUGCCAGUUUUCACCCUUGCAAUCACUGAGACACUAUUCGUCAUAAUGAAGACAAGAGAGCAAUAAAAAAAUCUAAUUUUUUGUCGAAUCGUCGGGACUCAGUGUGCCUAGUGCGAGUUUUUUUACGCGUUCGAUACCGAGAAAGUUAACUACAAUUUGUAUUAGGCGUGUGUAUCUCUUUACGGAAACGACUCACUGAUACAAAUCACUGAAGUGACACAAAAGAUUGGUUCAGUAACAACAUUUCAAAUGUAUCAUUUGUAUCUGGAACAGUGAAACAUUACUUUGCUCUUUGCUCAUUUCGCGCGACGCGUCGCUUGCGAGGCGACUGUGCCACGAGCGAGAGAGAGAGACUGAGACAAUGAUUAACUUAACUAUUGAUUCACGAGUGGCGAGUGAGCGGGCGAAAUAAUUAUAAUUCACACAAGUCAGAUAGAGAUAACAAAUAAGAAGUGUAUCACUCAACUCGUACGGAUUUUCGUUGACGUUAUUCAUGCACGUAAAAAUUUCCACUAAGGCGCUUAUGUGUCAAAUACUAUACGGUCAUUUUUUGUAUGUAACGUUUGCAUUAACAAGUUGUCAUUUUACGUUGAUGCGGCACUUGUCAAAUUGUUUAUAUUCAUUAGCGCCUGUUUACGAAAACAUACUGAGUUAUGUUUAGGAUUUCUUUGCGUAGUAAUUAUUGUGACUUUACUUACUUCCUUUUCAUCAUAAAGUUUAGAGUUAUGAUACUUUACGAGUAAAUUCUGUGUACAUAGACAUUGCGGUUUUGUGUAAAUGGACAUUUUUGUAAAUAAUGAAUUGACAUAGUGUCAUUUUUGUUAAAGUAUGAAGGAGCAUCGAUUUUAUAUACAAUCUUAUUACGGUACACAAUAAAUAAUCUAAGCACUUAUAUUAUUCAGCAUUGUUGCCACAUAACAUUUCACGGAUCACUCAGUAAUAAACGCCCGCGACGCAACUUAAUGUAUUCGGGACAUUAUUUCUUUUAUAUCUUUUGAGUCGAUGAUACAAAUGAGCCAAAUGAAACAUAUCAGUGUUUCGGAACAUUUUAGUGAUCAAGAUGCAAAUGUUCCAAUCCCAAAAAUGAUACACUUUGCCCACCACCAAUUUGUAUGGAAUAAAAUCAGCGCCAACUAGUGGCAAUAAUCGGAAUCACAAUUCAUGAGUGCGAGUUUAUUACGUCGUCGAUAUCGACCAUCGAGCAUUCACUCGCAUUCGAUAGUGAGAACUGAGAACGUAAACGCAUGUGAUUGGUUGUUUCAAGUCAAGUAUUUUGCGAGUGCGAGCGCCGAUUUUGAUCGUUCAAUACGUAACAUAAACAAACUUUACGCCGUCGAUAUCGAAAAAGUUUUCACCUAAAUUUUGACAGUGAGAAAGCAUAGUGAGAACGAUUGUUGAAGGUUUAUUUUUAUUUCGUUUCGUGUGAACAAUAUUUAAUUAUGGCAGGACGUUUUUUUUCGCAUGGAGGAUGUUUGCAGCCGCUAAGGCACAAGAUGACCGCAAUUAUAACGCCAAUGUUGAAAGAAGAGCUCGUGCAUCUUUCAACCCUUUGUUACACCUCACGGGGAAGCAAUUUAAAGAUAGAUAUCGCAUUUCCAAGAAAGUCUUCAAGUUUUUGUGUAAAGAGCUAAGGAGUUUGACAAAUCUUAGGUCCUCUCAACGCGUUUCCUUGGAGCAUAAAGUGCUCACUGCUCUAUUAUUUUUUGCAACUGGAUCCUACCAAAGGCCAGUUGGGGUUGCAAAGGACACGUCUCAUAAAAUGUGUAGUGUGUACAUAGAAGAAGUUACCCAGGAGCCGACACACAAAAAUAUAAUAAAUAAAUAUAUUCGGUUCCCUGAUACUCCAGCUGCUAGACAAGCAGUUAGUCAAUGGUAUGUGAUGAUGAAUAUAGAAUUUUAAAUGUGAAUCCCAAGCAAAUCAUGAUUCCUUUAUAUGGGAAAACAGUAAUUUAAACACAUACGUGCAAUCUUUGCACAAAAAUGGAGAAAUUGUCUGGCUUUUAGGAGAUUCUGGAUAUCCCCAACGCCCAUGGCUUAUGAUACCAUUUUUAGACGCUGAGUCCAAUAAUUGUAAUGAAAAACACAUGAGAGCCCGAGUUUUUAUUGAAAACACAUUUUCAAGGCUGAAAAAUCGAUGGUGAUGUCUGCACAAGGAUAGAGUUUUGCACUACAAGCCCGUAAAAUGUGCACACAUUAUUUUAGCAUGCUCUGUGUUACAUAAUAUAAUUAUUAAUUUUGGUGUUGAGGAUACAGAGGAAAAUAUAGGUCUGCAAUUUGAAAGGAGAAUGGUGGAAUCUGAUCAAAUAAGUUACACAGUAAGAGAAGCUACCUCUGAUUUAAUUAGAGGUAGAAUAAGAGAUCAAUUAGCAAGAAGGUUACUAUAGGGAUUAAAUAAAUAAAUUUGAAUAAGCUUGAUGCCCGAAUACUGAAACGCAACUUAAAUCUGUCACUUUAUUAAAGGUCCCCUAUAUUUAAGCAUCACUCAAAUUUAACUGAAAUACAGAAACAUCACUCAAGUGAUUUGAGGGCUUGAUUAGUUGAGCAGCUCUCAAAUGUUUACGUCAUGGUAACAUUCAUUUGUAAAACUUUGUUCUUCUUGACAAUUUUACGAUAUUUGAAUUUAAAUACGUUUUAUGCAACAUCAUCAAAAAGAUUUAAAUAAUUUUAUGUUCGAUUUGUUUUUAAAUUAUAUUCAAAAAUAACCUCCUAAUAAUACUUUCAUUUAGAAUGUGAUUUAUGUGUUUUUUUUUUAAAUAUUGUGGAUAAAAAGGACAUUUCAAAGUAUAAAAUUUUUGAAAAUCGCUCUGUCUGUCGUCCUAGAACGAAUCGAGAAUCUUACUGUUAUGUGCUGUCAGUGUCAGUUUCUUUGAUCGCGUCCAGUGAUUUUUAAAUUUUCGAAUAUUGAACAUAUUUUGCUAGUUUCAAUUAAAGGCUAAGUACAAAUUAUAGUAAAAUAUGGAUGUUAAAAAGAGACGCGGAUGCAAUUACACAGUGUCGGAGAAAGAUACUUUAUUAGAAUUGAUAAAAAAGUAAGUAAAUAUUUAAAUCUUCAAAUGAAACAAAUUAUUUUAACCGAAUAGAAUGCCCUUUAUUUCAUUGCGAAUUAAAUAAAAGUUGUUCACAUUGUAACACGUGUUAUAUAUUAUUUCAGAUAUCAACAUAUUAUAGAAAAUAAAGAGACGAACGCCCACAUUAUUUUGAAGAAAUGACAAGCUUGGGAUUGUGUGCAAGGAAUACAACGCUGUAUAAAUAUUUAGUAGUCACGAUUUAUUGUAUUCGUAUUAUUUCAUAAUCAUUUUGUUUUUAGAGACUACAGUACAAUGAAAAAACAAAAGAGGCCCAAAAAGGGCAUCAAUAGAUAAGAAAGAAAUAACUUCUACUGGUGGUGGGUCCUAUAAAUCAGUUCUAACUCAGUAACAUGCUCAGAUUUUAACAAUGGUUGUUCUACAAGUGUAACUACUGCAAAAUCCAUUUGAUGAUGAUGCAUUUUAUUUUGAUAACCAUCAAACACUUUUAUCAAAUGACUAUAUUGAGCAGAAUAGCAAUAAACCUCAUACAAUAACAUCUGAUACAAAAGCACACCAACAUAAUGUAACAAAAAGGAAAUCAUAUGAAACCAUUAAACAACAGUAUUUUAAAGCAUAAGAAAGAAAUGCCAAAUUAGAAAAUAAAUAUUUAAUAAACAAAAACAAAAUGGAGCUAAACAAAUAUAAAUUAGAAAUACAAAUUUUGAAAUUAAAUAGGUUACAAGCUUCUAGACAAUAAGAAUUAUAUAUCAUGAAUAUUUUAUUUUAUUACUGUAACAUAUUUAGAUUUAAGACUUUGACAUUGUAUAAUUUAUCUUUUGUUAGUAAAUGUUUCCCGCCCUCAGCCAUAAUUAUAAACUUACUUAAACGUCUUAUUAUUAAACAUAACUUGAUUAAAUAAAUGCAUAAUUAUUUGAUUUAUAGUAUAUAUACUAUUUAAGUUUGUAAUUACAUUAUAAAAUAAGAUUCAGGAUGUAAUAAAUAAUGUAGGUGAUUUUAAACUAUUUCUGUUUAUGAAUAAUUGUAAACCACAUAAUGCGGGUCUAAAAGUUGUAACAUACUUUUUUGCCUUAAGCAGAAACUCUGUCAAUUAUAUAUUAGAGUAAAACAAUAUCCAAUUACCAGUCUCUACAGAAACAGUAAUUCAUUUAUGGGGCAAUGUCAUAUUUUGUUUUUACAACAAAAUCCCAGAACAUACUAACAUAUUCAAAGUUUGUCAAUAAACAAGUUUAAAAGUUUUAUUAAAGAAAAACUGUACAAAAAGGGUUAUUAUAAUAUCAAGGAAUACAUGAAUGAAAAUAACCCCUGGAAUAAGGUGAUCGCCACCAUGCUGGUUCUAUGAAAAAUCAUUUAAAAUUGUAUAAAUGAAAUUAUUGUUACGUGAAAUAUGUUUGGAAAAAAAGUCCCACUGUGUUUCUUGCUGUUUCUUCCCAGGACAGAGAUAUUUUCCAAACCAGUGGUAAAUAAAACUUUCAGAAGUAUUAUGUAAUAAUCAAUAUUGAAUAAAAAAUUAUUCUAUUUUAUUCUAUCAGUUUUAUUUGAAAAUCGACAACCACAUUGUCACAUUUUACAUUAUGGGUGAUUUCUGGACCUCAACAAUGGAUCUAAUUGAGAAUUUAAACCAUCCAGGGACUCAAACAAAAAAAAUCAUCGAAAUUGGUCCAGCCUUUUAGGAGUUCAGUGAUAAACACAGAAGAAUUAUAUUAAGUUACUGUAUUUUCAUGAAUCUACACUGUGAUAUAGCAAACUUUUCACUGAUUAUUGUUUUUAGUAUUCGUUAUGUUGUAAAGAAUUGAUUUU